AUGGGUUUUUCCAUUAUUGCAGCAAACAUUUGGUGGGAAAGGAACAGAUGUCAGCAUGACAAUGAGUACAGAGCUGCGAUGCAAAUUUUUGAAUAUAGUCGUCAUGAGCUUGGCUCUUGUGUAGGGAAGCUAAAGGGGGAGGUGAAAGUUCCAAUUGAUGUUAUUUUCUGCAGUAAACUGGGUUUGACAGUGGGGUCUCACAAGCAUGCUCACCCCCUCGAAGUUCACUGGUGUAAGCCCCAACUAAACUGGCUAAAGGUUUAUAUUGUAUAUAUGGGUGCACCAUCAAAAGCUAAGGAUGGCUACCCCAAAGAAACCGUCCAUUUGGGCAUCUUAGAACAAGUCCUUGGUAGUAAAAGCUCUGCUAGAGAAUCCUUACUCUGCUGCUAUAAAAACAGUUUAGAUGGAUUUGCAGCUAAGCUUACUGAACAGGAGCACAUAAAGCUAAAAGGCAUAGAAGGUGUAGUCUCUGUAUUUCCAAGUAGAACCCUUCAACUUCACACAACAAGAUCAUGGGAUUUCUUGGGUUUUCCAACCACUGUAAGAAGAAUGCCUACCAUUGAGAGUGAUACCAUUAUUGGCAUGAUUGACACUGGAAUCUGGCCUGAAUCUGAGAGCUUCAGCGAUAAGGGGAUCGGUCCUCCUCCGAGAAAAUGGAAGGGUAUUUGCCAAAACAUGACCUGCAACAAUAAGAUUAUUGGAGCAAGAUUUUAUAAUCUUAUGAAUAAAUACGAAGAAGAGGAAGAGAAGUCCCCCCGUGAUACUGAAGGACAUGGAACACACACUGCUUCUACAGUAGCAGGUGUUGAAGUUAAAAAUGCAAGCCUUUUUGGCCUUGCUGAAGGGACAGUAAGAGGAGCUGUUCCCACUGCAAGGAUUGCUGUCUACAAAGUCUGUUGGAAUUUUGGUUGCAAUGACCAUGAUAUCCUGUCUGCAUUUGAGGAUGCAAUUGAAGAUGGUGUUGAUAUCUUAUCAGUUUCCCUUGGGGGUUUACCUACUGUAGUUUUCAAGGAAGAUCCUAUUGCUAUUGGAGCAUUCCACGCAAUGCAGAAAGGGAUCCUUACCUCUGCAUCGGCUGGAAACGACGGACCGGAUAUGAUUAGUAUCCCAAAUCUUGCCCCAUGGAUGUUAACUGUAGCAGCAAGCACCACAGAUCGUCAGAUCGUGAGCAAAGUCACCAUAGACAAUCAGAUUACCAUGGUGGGAAAUGCUAUCAACACUUUCCAAACUGAGAAAAAAGCAUACCAAAUUAUAUAUGGAGGUGAUCAUGCUGCACAUAACUCUAGCAGUGAAGCAGCAAGUGGAUGUUAUCCUGGCUCUUUGGACAAAGAUUCAGUGAAAGGAAAAAUUGUCUUUUGCGAUACGGCUGCACGUGGUACCGGGCCCUUCCUUGCGGAUGCUCAAGGAAUGGUGAUGGUAGAUGAUAUCGGAUCUUCUGAUGCACCCUUCUCUUAUCCUUUACCAGCAACGUCAAUUAGCAUUGGUGAUGGAAAAAAAUUGAAGCUCUAUUUGAAUACUACCAGAAUAGCUAAGGCAAAGAUCUACAAAAGUGAAGCAAUUCAUGAUCCUAAAGCUCCACGUGUGGUUUCAUUCUCUUCCAGGGGGCCCAACAUUCUUUCACCAAACAUCCUCAAGCCAGACUUAACUGCCCCAGGUGCAGACAUCUUAGCGGCAUGGUCUCCGAAAGGCUCAAUUUCAGGUUCCAUUGUUGACAAGCGCUCCUCAAUGUACAACAUUAUAUCUGGAACAUCCAUGUCUUGCCCACACGCGACUGGUGCUGCUGCCUAUGUCAAAACAUUUCAUCCCUCAUGGUCCCCUGCAGCCAUUAAAUCUGCUCUCAUGACAACAGCUUUUCCAUUGAAUCCCUCCUAUCAUAAAGAGGCUGAAUUGGCCUAUGGUGCUGGUCAAAUUGAUCCACUACAGGCUAUCAAUCCAGGUCUUGUGUAUGAUACCUUGAAAGCUGACUAUAUACGAGUGUUGUGCAACUUGGGUUAUAGUCCAGAUGACAUUAAGCAAAUUGAUGAUGAUCAUAAGACUGUUACUUGUGCCAAGCAAGAUGGAACUGACGCUCUUUUAAACUAUCCUUCUAUGGGUGCUUCAGUUACUGCCGGAAUACCUAUCGAUAGUUAUUUUCCGAGGACGGUUACGAAUGUCGGCUUACCAAAUUCUACAUACAAGGCAACAAUUGGACCACAAAAGCUACUAAAUGUUACAGUUAUUCCUAAUGUUCUAUCUUUUAAGUCUUUAAACGAGAAGAAGCAGUUCACUGUACAUGUUACCGGGCCAGGAAUUGGCCAAGAUUCAAUCAUCUCUACUUGGUUAGUGUGGUCUGAUGGAAUACAUAACGUAAGAAGUCCCAUUGCCUUCUGGGCCUAUUCUUUAGAAAGUGAUUAA